CGCGGGAGGAGCCGCAGCCGGAGGACGCCGCACUCUUGCCGUGAGGAGCGCAGCCGCCGUCGCGGCGUUUCCUUCCCUCCACUGUAGCCGGGCUCAGGUCCCCACUUGUGAACCACAAUGUCGCAAAGAGACGCAGAUAAGUACCUUUAUGUGGACAAAAACAUCAUUAACAACCCCCUGACUCAGGCCGACUGGGCAGCUAAGAAGCUGGUAUGGGUUCCCUCAGAGAAGAAUGGGUUUGAGGCAGCUAGCCUGAAGGAAGAAGUAGGAGAUGAAGCCAUCGUGGAACUGGCAGAGAACGGGAAAAAAGUGAAAGUAAAUAAGGAUGACAUCCAGAAGAUGAACCCCCCCAAAUUCUCUAAAGUGGAAGAUAUGGCAGAGUUGACAUGCCUGAAUGAGGCUUCUGUGCUUCACAACUUGAAGGAGAGAUACUACUCAGGACUGAUCUAUACCUACUCAGGCCUGUUCUGCGUGGUAAUCAAUCCUUACAAGAAUCUGCCCAUAUACUCAGAAGAAAUAGUGGAGAUGUACAAAGGCAAAAAGAGACAUGAAAUGCCCCCUCAUAUCUAUGCCAUCACAGACACAGCCUACAGGAGUAUGAUGCAAGAUCGGGAGGAUCAGUCCAUCCUUUGCACAGGUGAAUCAGGAGCUGGUAAAACAGAGAACACCAAGAAGGUCAUUCAGUAUCUGGCUCAUGUUGCUUCCUCACACAAGUCCAAAAAAGACCAGGGAGAACUGGAGAGACAGUUGCUCCAGGCUAAUCCCAUCCUGGAGGCCUUUGGAAAUGCCAAGACAGUAAAGAAUGACAACUCCUCAAGAUUUGGCAAAUUUAUCAGAAUCAACUUUGAUGUCAACGGCUACAUUGUUGGAGCCAACAUUGAGACCUAUCUGCUGGAGAAGUCACGUGCAAUUCGCCAGGCCAAAGAUGAGAGAACCUUCCACAUCUUUUACUACUUGCUCUCUGGGGCAGGGGAACAUUUGAAGAAUGAUCUGCUACUGGAGCCUUACAAUAAAUACCGCUUCCUUUCCAAUGGGCAUGUAACGAUCCCGGGUCAGCAAGACAAAGACAUGUUUCAGGAGACCAUGGAGGCAAUGAAGAUCAUGGGCAUCCCAGAUGAAGAGCAGAUAGGUCUGCUGAAGGUUAUCUCAGGAGUCCUUCAACUUGGCAACAUAGCCUUCAAAAAGGAGCGUAAUACAGACCAAGCCUCUAUGCCAGACAAUACAGCUGCUCAGAAGGUGUCUCACCUUUUGGGUAUCAAUGUGACAGAUUUCACUAGAGGUAUCCUGACUCCUCGCAUCAAAGUUGGACGAGAUUAUGUCCAGAAAGCUCAGACCAAAGAGCAGGCUGAUUUUGCCAUUGAAGCUCUGGCCAAAGCCACUUACGAACGGAUGUUCCGGUGGCUGGUUAUGCGCAUCAACAAGGCUUUGGAUAAGACCAAGAGACAGGGUGCAUCCUUUAUUGGAAUCCUUGACAUUGCUGGCUUUGAGAUUUUUGAGCUGAACUCCUUUGAGCAGCUGUGUAUUAACUACACAAAUGAAAAGUUGCAGCAGCUCUUUAACCACACCAUGUUCAUUCUGGAGCAAGAGGAGUACCAGAGGGAGGGCAUAGAGUGGAAUUUCAUUGACUUUGGCCUGGACCUGCAACCCUGCAUUGACCUCAUAGAGAAGCCGGCUGGGCCUCCUGGUAUAUUGGCCCUGCUGGAUGAAGAGUGCUGGUUCCCAAAAGCAACAGACAAAAGCUUUGUGGAAAAAGUUGUACAAGAACAAGGCACCCACCCCAAGUUUCAGAAGCCAAAACAGCUGAAAGACAAAGCUGACUUCUGUAUCAUACAUUAUGCUGGCAAGGUGGAUUACAAGGCAGAUGAAUGGCUGAUGAAGAACAUGGAUCCAUUGAAUGAUAACAUCGCUACUCUUCUCCACCAGUCCUCGGAUAAGUUUGUGUCUGAGCUGUGGAAGGAUGAGAUGCAGAAGGUUCAGAGAGCCUAUUUCUAUCAACACUUUCCUAUUCUUCAUCUAGAACCAGUGGACCGUAUUGUUGGGCUGGAUCAGGUAGCUGGUAUGUCAGAUACAGCAUUGCCAGGGGCCUUUAAAACCAGGAAGGGAAUGUUCCGGACAGUGGGACAGCUCUACAAAGAACAGCUGGCUAAACUGAUGGCUACCUUGAGGAAUACCAACCCCAACUUCGUCCGUUGCAUUAUCCCCAACCAUGAGAAAAAGGCUGGAAAACUGGACCCCCACUUGGUCCUUGAUCAGCUUCGCUGUAAUGGAGUGCUGGAGGGAAUCCGUAUUUGUCGUCAAGGUUUCCCCAACAGAGUUGUAUUCCAGGAAUUCAGACAAAGAUAUGAAAUCUUAACUCCAAAUGCAAUUCCCAAAGGAUUUAUGGACGGAAAGCAGGCUUGCGUGCUGAUGAUCAAAGCAUUGGAGCUGGAUUCUAACCUUUACAGAAUUGGACAGAGUAAAGUGUUUUUCAGAGCUGGAGUCCUUGCUCAUCUUGAGGAAGAGAGAGACCUGAAGAUCACAGAUGUCAUUAUUGGAUUCCAAGCAUGUUGCAGAGGCUACCUGGCCAGAAAAGCCUUUGCCAAGCGCCAGCAGCAGCUGACAGCUAUGAAAGUGCUUCAGAGAAACUGUGCUGCCUAUUUGAAACUGCGUAACUGGCAGUGGUGGAGGUUGUUCACCAAGGUGAAGCCCCUUCUGCAAGUGAGCAGACAGGAGGAGGAGAUGAUGGCCAAGGAAGAAGAGCUAAUAAAGGUCAGGGAGAAGCAGCUGGCUGCAGAAAAUAGACUGAGUGAGAUGGAGACCUUCCAGGCCCAGCUAAUGGCAGAGAAGAUGCAGCUGCAGGAACAGUUGCAAGCAGAAACUGAACUGUGUGCUGAAGCUGAGGAGAUAAGAGCUCGCUUGACAGCCAAAAAACAAGAACUGGAGGAGAUAUGUCAUGACCUGGAAGCAAGGGUAGAGGAGGAGGAAGAACGGUGUCAACAUCUUCAGGCUGAAAAGAAGAAAAUGCAGCAGAAUAUCCAGGAACUAGAGGAGCAGCUUGAGGAAGAGGAGAGUGCAAGGCAGAAGCUGCAGUUAGAAAAAGUGACCACAGAGGCCAAAUUGAAGAAGUUGGAAGAAGAUGUGCUAGUUUUGGAAGAUCAGAAUCUCAAAUUGGCUAAGGAAAAGAAACUCUUGGAAGACAGAAUGUCUGAAUUUACAACAAAUCUGACAGAGGAAGAGGAAAAAUCUAAAAGUUUAGCCAAACUGAAGAAUAAGCAUGAGGCCAUGAUCACAGACCUUGAAGAACGCCUGCGACGCGAAGAGAAGCAGAGGCAAGAGUUGGAAAAGACUCGUCGGAAGCUUGAAGGGGACUCCACUGAUCUGCAUGACCAGAUUGCUGAGCUGCAGGCUCAGAUUGCAGAACUCAAAAUGCAGCUGGCCAAGAAGGAAGAGGAGCUGCAGGCAGCCUUAGCUAGAGUGGAAGAAGAGGCAGCUCAGAAGAACAUGGCCCUGAAGAAAAUCAGGGAACUCGAAUCCCAGAUCACUGAGCUGCAGGAAGACUUGGAGUCAGAGAGAGCAUUCAGGAAUAAAGCUGAAAAACAGAAGCGGGAUCUAGGAGAAGAGCUGGAAGCAUUGAAAACAGAGCUAGAAGACACACUAGAUUCUACAGCUGCUCAGCAGGAGCUGAGAUCAAAGAGAGAACAAGAAGUAACAGUUUUGAAGAAGACCCUUGAAGAUGAGGCAAAGACUCAUGAGGCUCAAAUCCAAGAGAUGAGGCAGAAACAUUCACAAGCUAUUGAAGAGCUGGCAGAGCAGUUAGAACAAACCAAACGGGUGAAAGCAAAUCUUGAAAAAGCAAAACAAGCUCUGGAAAGUGAGAAGGUUGAACUGUCCAAUGAGGUGAAGGCUCUUCUGCAAGGCAAAGGCGAUGCUGAGCACAAGCGGAAAAAAGUGGAUGCUCAGCUCCAGGAGCUGCAGGUGAAAUUUACAGAAGGUGAAAGAGUGAAGACUGAGCUGGCUGAGAGGGUUAACAAACUGCAGGUUGAGUUGGACAACGUCACAGGUCUUCUGAACCAGUCUGACAGUAAAUCAAUCAAAUUAGCAAAGGAUUUCUCUGCUCUGGAAUCGCAGCUUCAGGAUACACAGGAGCUCCUACAGGAGGAGACUCGACUCAAACUGAGCCUCAGCACUAAGCUGAAGCAAAUGGAGGAUGAGAAGAAUGCUCUCAAGGAGCAACUGGAAGAGGAGGAGGAGGCAAAGAGAAACAUGGAGAAACAGAUCUCUCUUCUUCAGCAACAGGCAAUAGAUGCCAAGAAGAAGAUGGAUGAUGGUCUGGGCUGCCUUGAGUCAUCAGAGGAAGCCAGGAAGAAGCUGCAGAAGGACUUGGAGGGCUUGAGUCAGCGGUAUGAAGAGAAGAUAGCUGCCUAUGACAAGCUGGAGAAAACAAAGACCCGCCUGCAGCAAGAGCUGGAUGAUGUUGCUGUGGACUUGGACCAUCAGCGGCAGAUCGUCUCCAACCUAGAGAAAAAGCAGAAGAAGUUUGAUCAGCUGUUGGCAGAGGAGAAGACCAUCUCUGCCAAGUAUGCGGAGGAGCGGGACCGUGCUGAGGCAGAGGCCCGGGAGAAGGAGACCAAGGCCCUGUCCCUGGCCAGAGCCCUGGAAGAAGCCAUAGAGGAGAAGGCUGAACUGGAACGGGUCAAUAAGCAGUUCCGUGCAGAGAUGGAAGAUCUCAUGAGCUCAAAGGAUGAUGUUGGGAAAAGUGUCCAUGAGCUGGAGAAAGCCAAGCGAGCCCUGGAGCAGCAGGUGGAGGAGAUGAAGACACAGCUGGAAGAGCUGGAGGAUGAGCUGCAGGCCACAGAGGAUGCCAAACUGCGGCUAGAAGUGAACCAACAGGCUAUGAAGGCACAGUUUGACCGGGACCUCCAGGGGCGCGAUGAACAGAAUGAAGAGAAGAAGAAACAGCUGAUCAGACAAGUUCGGGAGAUGGAGGCAGAACUGGAGGACGAACGCAAACAGCGCUCCAUGGCUGUGGCUGCCAGGAAGAAGCUCGAGAUGGACCUGAAGGAUUUGGAAAGCCACAUAGACACUGCUAACAAGAAUCGUGAAGAAGCCAUCAAGCAGCUGCGCAAACUGCAGGCACAAAUGAAGGAUUACAUGCGGGAACUGGAGGACACACGUACUUCCAGAGAAGAGAUCUUGGCACAGGCCAAAGAAAAUGAGAAGAAGCUGAAAAGCAUGGAGGCAGAGAUGAUCCAGUUGCAGGAGGAGCUUGCAGCUGCUGAACGUGCUAAGCGCCAGGCCCAGCAAGAGAGGGAUGAGCUGGCUGAUGAGAUUGCCAACAACAGUGGUAAAGGAGCACUGGCCAUGGAGGAGAAGAGGCGCCUGGAGGCACGGAUAGCUCAGCUGGAGGAGGAGUUAGAAGAAGAGCAGGGCAACACAGAGAUCAUCAAUGACCGGCUCAAGAAGGCAAAUCUCCAGAUCGAUCAGAUGAACGCCGACCUGAACGCCGAGCGCAGCAACGCGCAGAAGAACGAGAACGCUCGCCAGCAGAUGGAGCGCCAGAACAAGGAGCUCAAGCUCAAACUGCAGGAGAUGGAGAGUGCUGUCAAGUCCAAGUACAAGGCUACCAUUACGGCCUUGGAAGCAAAGAUAGCACAGCUGGAAGAGCAGUUGGACAUGGAGACCAAGGAGCGCCAGGCUGCCAGCAAACAGGUGCGCCGUGCCGAGAAGAAGCUGAAAGACAUCCUGCUGCAGGUGGAUGAUGAGAGGCGUAAUGCUGAGCAAUUCAAAGAUCAGGCGGACAAGGCAAACAUGCGCUUGAAGCAGCUGAAGCGGCAGUUGGAGGAGGCAGAGGAGGAGGCCCAGAGAGCCAAUGCAUCCCGUAGGAAGCUCCAGCGGGAGCUGGAGGAUGCCACCGAAACAGCAGAUGCCAUGAAUAGAGAAGUCAGCUCCCUGAAGAGCAAACUCAGGCGUGGGGACCUGCCGUUUGUCAUGACACGCCGGAUGGUCAGGAAGGGAACGGGAGAGUCCGUGUCCGACGAGGAAAUGGAUGGCAAGCCAGAUGCUGGUGAUGCCAAAGCUACUGAAUAAGUCCUCCCAUUUGACCCAGGCUACACGUGAGGGAGUGACCCAUCUACCCUCCCCUCUUCCAUUGGACUUCCAGCAAACCCUCUCCUGCUGAAUUGGCCGGGGAUCUGCAGAGCAAGCCCAGGUCUGUGUAUCUGGGGCCGUUGGGCAUCUGUGUUCCUAGUUUUCUCCUCUUUCCAGUUUCCUAAUCCUCUUUGUAUUUAAUGCCAAAGAGUCAGGGCUCUGAAAUUUGACCAGCAGUUUGGCCACUGAAAAGGCCUGUAGAACUGUCUGCCAUAUCUGCUGGUGAAUCCUUACACAGUUCAGAGGGAGUGGGGUUAGGGAAAGAUUAUUUUUGCUGUAAAUCUUCUUUUGUCUUCAAUUCUAGCUGCAGGGAAGCUUCUUCCUGUAUUCUUUCCCCUCCUUCUUUGUUUGCUUUUGGCAAUCAUGUUCAGUGACCUCAGACUUCUGCCUCUUUUAAUCUGCCCACCCAUGUGGUUGGGGAGCAGUUUCAGGAAAAACGGUGUGCUUUGGCCAUGACAAUUUGCCCUUUCUUCUUUCAUGUGUUUCCAGGGAGGGCUGAAGAGGGAAACUCCUCUCAGUACCGCUUACCUGGGGGACUUGCCAAAGUUGUGAUUUUUUUUUUUUUUCCCUUGUGUCUUCCCCCCCCCCC